UUAAUCGGUUACACUUUUCGCUGUAUUUAGAUUUUUAAAGUUAGCAAAAAUUAGGAAUGAGUGUUGUUUUGCGGUGCAUAUACAUCUUAUUAAUUCAACGUUUUCAUUUCGAGUAGUGUAAACAUAAGUGAAAGUUUGUUAGCGUUAGAGAACGCUGAUUAGCACGACAACCUGUAGCUUAAAUCAAACCUAUGGGAAAUGUAGUUUUAUUCGCAAAAACUACGUACAGCAGUCGCCAUCCUUGCGAUAUCAUUCGGUCAUGUAGCUAGCUAGCAAGUCGUCGCAAGAGAAAUCUUGGAAUGGCGGGGCAGGGGAGCGGAGAGGACAUAGUCUCAGAGUACCUGGGCCAGAACCCGCAGCUGGCCCAGUGGGUUGACACCUUCAGAGGCUACUUUGAGACCAACAAGCAGUGGUUGGCAAGGAGAGAGUUCAUCCUGAGAAACAUGGAGGCUUUCCCCACAGUGGAGCCAGGAGUCCUCAGCAACAGUCUGGAUCGGCUCCUGUCUCUAUCCAUGGUCUGGGCAAACCACGUUUUCCUUGGAUGCAGUUAUCCACAGGCUGUAAUGGAGAAGAUCAAGGAGAUGGGCGAAGGGAUAGUUAUUCAAGACGCUCCUGUUAACAAAACCACAAAAGACGAAACCAUGGCCAAAGGAAAGCGGAGCGUCGCAACCGAGAGUGACGCUGACAGCUGCGUGAAAAGGGCCAAAUGUGGGCCUAAUGAGUCCGACAGUCGACCUGCUGGGAGGACAACCACACGACCUGUGAGUCAGAAAUCAGGACCUCCUCCACAGGCUCCAGCAGAGCACCAGCCCUUCUUCAACCGACUCUAUAAGGCUGUGGCAUGGAAGUUGGUGUCGGCGGGGGGCUUCGGUCCCAACUUGGACCACUUUGAAAUAUUGCGGAGCUGUGUGGAGUCCUGUAAACAGACCCUGAUGUGUGUCUUUGUGCCACUGAAGGAUAUUACAGGCCUCCCCGCAGGCCGCACACAGAAGGAAGGCCACGUGUGUGAAAUCCGCUGUCAGACGGUCUACAUGGGCACCGGGUACGGGCGGGACGAGCCUGCCGCUAGAGCCAUGGCUUCCAAAGAAGCCCUUAAAGUCUUUCAGGGGCGAAAAGUGACAGUAAAGAUCUGCAGGCGGAGAUACAAAGGGAAGGACGUGGAGGACUUGAUGCUUUUGGAUGAACAGCCUCGUACUCAGGGCUUCCCUCCUGCACUGAGCUACCCGUUUCAGGAUGAGCAACUGGAAGAUGCUUCUUCAUAGAGAGCAUGGAUUGUGGCGUUCUGUCCUGCUGUGGAGCUCACGAAGAUGCUCAGAAAUUUGUUGGGACCAGACUGUUAUGCAGCUAAACUAAAGCAUUAACUGUCAUGUUGUGUUUCCAACUGUACUUUUGUAUCGUAAUACGUACAGAAGAUUCGUCUUUGCCAGAUCACCAAAACAGAAAAACAGCCCUCAGUCUGCAAAAGAAAGAAUACUUAUUACACUUUCAACCACAGACUUUGAUCAACACGGACUAUAUCCUGCACGUGCCAUCAUUUAGAAGUCCCCAGAGUGGUCAAAUUUAAGGCCACCGCGACAUCAUAGCUGAGCAUAUUGGAUUAUUUGGGUGAAUUAAUUGCAGUAAAGUUAAAGAUUUAUUGUUGCCAUUAUACUUCUCUCCUUUGUUUAUUCCUGUUUUAGACCCUGAUGAAAUCUGCUUUGUGAUUUUUACUUUUUUUCCCACAUCUGUAGCUGUAACUGAUUAUUCACAAGGGAAUAGAGUCACGCUGACUAAUAACUUGUUUUGUUUAUUUUUUUUAUUAUUAUUAAGUCAAAUACAACCCCGAUUUUGUUUCUUGGCUGUAAAUAUAUAGUUUUACCCAUUAAUCCUUUUAUUUCAAGAUGUAAUUUCAUUCCCUAAACGACUGCACUUUACUAGUUCUUUUGAAAAUGACUGGACGUUUGCUGUCAUCUGGUGCCACUUCAAGUAAAUCUGAGUAAAUUGGCCUUUUUUUAAGUUCUGCAGACAUGGUUAGAAUGAUGAUUUCACGUCGGUCACAAACAUGUUUCUAUGAUGGACGUAAAGCUUUUUGACUGAAAGUUUUAAUUGUAGUUAAAUGAAGCUUUUUUUUCUGAAGCUUUUAUUUAGUUUGAUUAUAAAAGUUGGUGAAAAACACUGAUGUUAGAUGUACAGGGACGUCAGUCGUACGAAUAUUCUUUUGAGCGUGCAGUGUGUACUGUUUUGAUGGUUUUUGAAGGUGAAGUUCUGCUGUGAAGUGGGAUUUGUUUCUCUUUUUCCAGUCUGAGUUAACUGCGUUAGUGUGUGUGCACUGUUUCAUGUUAGUGAAUGUUUAUACCAGUGGUCCUGUUUCUAUAUAUUUUUAAAUAAAAAUCUUAACUAAGGAAAGCG